GAUAGUGCAAGCUGAAUGAUGAUUUUUGGUCUCCACCUGCUUCAUAAAAGAGUUUAUGUAGAGGCAGCGUGGUUCAUCACAAAACCUCAGGGCUAUUGUAUGUCUGUGCGAGGUUACAGAAUGGUACAUUCUUCCAAAUUUAAGGUUAGGAGAAACGCUACCCAGUUGAGGCUUAAAUUAUCAGGAGAGCAACCUUCCAGAGCGGAUGACUCCGCAUUUUUAUCUAUGCAGAAAACCAGGUUGAUCAACUCCAAAAUGUUAUCUCAGUGUCUGUGCCAAGUUUACAAAUGUUUGUUUCUGCGCAACUUAAAACUGAAUUCAAUAAAUGUGGGUGCUGUGUUGAGAAGGAUCCAUUCUUCAGCAGAAAAACUUUCUGACUGUGAGUUAAAGGAAGAAACCAUACAGAAACAUGAAACUGAAGAGUUACUUCAAGGUACAGAAGAGAAUAGUUUUGGAAGAUUGCAUAUACCAGUGAUGGUGGAGGAAGUUGUUAAUUGUUUAUCCCCCCAGCCAGGCCAGCGUUUCCUUGAUAUGACAUUUGGAGCCGGAGGUCAUACUACAGCUCUCCUAGAGAAAGCCAGUGGCAUUACAAUAUAUGCACUAGACAGGGACCCCACAGCUUAUAAAAUAGCUCAGCAGCUUUCAGAAUCGUACCCGAAACAGAUUCAAGCUCUUCUAGGACAGUUUAGCCAGUCUGAGGCUUUGUUACUCGCCUCUGGAGUUGAGCCAGGGACUCUCGAUGGAGUUCUCUUGGAUGCUGGCUGUUCUUCUAUGCAAUUUGAUACACCUGAAAGAGGUUUUUCCCUGCAGAAGGAUGGACCCUUGGACAUGAGGAUGGAUAGUGACAGGUACCCUGACAUGCCCACUGCUGCUGAUGUUGUGAACGCUUUAGAUCAACAGGCGCUUGCGUCCAUCCUGAGAACAUAUGGGGAGGAAAGGCACGCCAAGAAAAUCGCUUCAGCCAUUGUUCAGGCACGCAGCAUAUACCCCAUCACCAGAACUCAGCAGCUUGCAAGCAUUGUUGCAGGUGCUUUUCCAGCAUCAGCUCUGUAUGCACGAAAAGACUUACUUCAGAGACCUACACAUGUUGCUACCAAGACUUUUCAAGGCCUGCGUAUAUUUGUAAAUGAUGAGCUCCAUGAACUUUUGAUAGGACUGAAGACAGCUGAGAAGUUUCUGAAACCUGGAGGUCGCCUUGUAGCCCUGUCCUUUCACUCACUAGAAGAUCGUAUUAUCAAGCGUUUUCUUCAUGGGAUAGACAUGACAGAGAAACACAAUCUUAGCUCAAGGCAGAAGAUAAGACAGGCUCUAAAAAAUUGCUCCAAAGAAGAUACACAAGAAUUUCCCCACGGAAAAUCCAACCCAAAGUGGAUGUUUAUACAUAAAAAAGUUCUGACACCCGAAGCCAAGGAUAUUGAAAGAAACCCAAGAGGAAGGUCGGCCAAGUUAAGAGCUGCUAUUAAACUCUAAGUCAAAAUUCAUGGUUAUACGAUUGUAUAAUUUCCUUAAAUUUUGUUUUCUAGAAGGCUAAUUGGACAGAUAAUAUCAAACUGAAAAAAAUAAAAUUAAGGCUGUUAGAAACCAUUUCUUUCUUAACUUCGUGCUUCUUUUUUAAUUUUGAUGUAGUAUACAACAUCAAGAGGUAAAAAAAAUGGAGAUAAGUGGGUGACACUAAUUAUAUGAAAAGGAAAUCUUUUUAAGAAAAGCACCAAACCCAAAGUUUAUUAAAGUUACAGGUUUGAUCUAUUUACAGUAUUUCCUUUAGUUUACAUUCAAACCCCUUAUAUUAACAAUCUAAAUUCAGUAGCUGAUUGAGACAGACACAUUUUUAUGGGAGUGGAUUUCACACAGCUAAGUCAGAUGUCUGAUUUAGUGUAGCAUAAGUUUAGACUAACCUAAGAUUUCAUGAUAUAGAAGUCUCUGUAUCUCAAUUGACUUGUUGCAUGAAUACAUGUGGGCUGAGAGCUUGUUCUUAAAUAGACUGAUAUUAAUGUGUAAUGUUCUAUCCAGGAGUUUGAAAAUGGGCUCAUAUUUUUUUAUAAUAAGUAAAUACCUACUUCUGACUGAUCACCUGGUUAAUUAUGUUUAUAGAUUCCAAAUAAUAGCUGUAUCUUGGAGGAAAAGAGAUACUAGAAGACCACUGUUUGCACUUGGACACUACAAGCAAACACUCACAAUUUGUACUUGAUCAUUUGAAUUUCUGCCUGUGACACGAUUUCUGUGCAUAGAUCCGGUAUAACUUUUAGGUGUUGAUGGAAUUAUAGUUUAUUUAUCAAAAAUGAGAUAUUGUGGGUCUUAUGGAUUAUUGUGAUCCAUAAGAUACUAGUGAUCAUUUAUUAAGAGAUGCUACUUAGGUAAGUAUUGAAUUAUUUUAUAAAAGGCUCACUGUGUCACCAGUUUCCGGGUUGGAUGCUAUCCUAAGUAGUAAAACAUGUAAGAUAAUUUUUUUUUUUUGGAAGUUAAUAUGAAUUGGAAUUCAUAUAUGAAGUAUGAAUUUAGCUUUGGGUUUAUAUUUUAUCUUAAAAGACUAUUGUUUUGCGGUCUUUAUAUGUUAAAAAAUGAUGAGAAAAUAGUAUAGGUUUCAGCUUCUUUGACCUCUGACUCUUGAGAAAAAAAAACAUGCUUAUUUGCAUAAUAAAAUCAGAAGCAGGAUUUUAUUCGUGAUGAACCAGAAACUUGGCUGAUAGAAUAAAAAAUGUAGUUUCUGAUGGUGCUAUAUGAUUAUUACUAUGCUAUCUUCUGAAAAAGAACUGACUGUCUCAUUCUGGACUUGAUUUUCAUGAAACAUCCUCUUCAAAUUGAUGUAAAUUAUUACUUCAUGGGAGUUUUUUGGGUCAUAUUGACACAAGUUGAAAUUUGGAUUCACUGUCUAUAAUAUGCAGUAUAUUAAAAUAUCAGAAUAUUGUUUAAUUACUUGGUAAAGCUGAGUCAUAUAAUGUAUUCUUGGAUAGACACAUGAUAAUGUCUGUCACUAAUCUGAAAUAAUAGUUGAAAGAUGAUAGGCAUUUCAUGCUUUUCUGAAAUUUCAGUAUUUUCCCACUAGUUUCAUUAUACAUGCUAUAAAUAUUAAAUAAGACAUUCCACUUCAAAUAAUAUUACUUACUGUUGACAUCUGAGAGACAACACACUGUACCUUAAAUAGACAUUUUUUCAUCCAAACAUUAAAUAUAAAUAACUAAUGUUAUUUUUAGCUAAGAUUCCAUAUUGAAGUGCACUCCAAUUGUAUGUUGGAAAAAUCAUUGUAAGCCUAGAUGAAUUGUAACACCAUGCUGCGUGUUGUACAGGAACAUGCUUCAGGAAAACUGUCUGGUAAUAUCAGAAGUUAAGUAUCUCUAUCCUAGAAAUUAUACAAAAGCAUCAAAAUUUCUUAUGCUUAGAUGGACAUUUAAAAUCCACACUUCUCAGGUCUAAUUGUAAAGGAGCGGUUUCUUAUGAUGGUUGAACUACCAUAUAUCAGUUUUUGUAAAUACACUUCCUUGAUUGGGGAAAGUGAGAGACAUUUCUUCACCUUUAGCUUGGAGUUGCACGGCCAUGGCAGUGCAUCUAUCAUUCAGCUCUUCUCUGUAGAGGAUCUAUUUCUCUCCUCUCGGGGUCUCCUCACUGUCAGCUUUAAACUUGUAGUAUGGAGAGUCCUGGAAUUUUAACCUCUUUCUACUUGAAAACAGAAUUUUCUGAUUUUCCCAGAAAAAAACCUGCUAAUUAUAAUUAGUCAAAAUAUUCAUACAUCUUUAAGCACUUCAUUUCCAUCUAGUGGGUGAAGUUAUAUUAUGUGAAGCGUAUUAGGUUGUUAUGUUCUUUCCGGGACAUGCGUCUACACAGCGUAUCUUAAAUUUUCCUAACAUGGUAUAUAUGACGUUAUUAAAACUAAACAUUUUUUUUCCCCAUAAUCGAGAAUCAUAUUUAUGAAGGAGGUGGUAUCUGGUGGAAAAUAAGUUGCACUGAAAAGCAAGUCAUGCUGCUAGUUGUUUGUAACUUCUAAAAUCUUGUUACUUAAUCUUAGCAACGUGCAUUUUAAAACAGCCAAACGGAGAAUUAUCUGUUAGCAACAAAGGAAAAAGAGUAGACCAUGUAGACCAUGUUUGCAAGGAAUAUGGUAAUACCAUGGUACUGUACAUCAUGGGAAAAGAAGAAACAUCCAAUAUGUGGAAUAUUUGUAGGAAUAUGAAGUGGUAGUUGUGGAGAGGUGGAAGUGUUGCCAAAAUAUGUGUGUGUGCAGAGCACGUUGCCAAAGCUUAUAUCUUUUCGUGUUAGUACAUCAGAAGAGUGUGGAAAAAAUGUAAAAAGUACAAAAAAACCAGUUGUGAGAGUAUUUGUACAUAUUAUAAACAUACUUUAUAUUGAAAAUAUUAGAAAAUGUGGUGUAAUUAGUUAAUCUAGCUGAACCUAGAGUUGAUAUGCUGUCGGAAGUACCUACCUGAUGAAGAGAUUUGCAUAGAAUAAUUACUUCAAAACUAGACACAGUUAUCUGUGAAUAAUGUUUUUAUGAUAAGGUUUUAAUGGUAAAGCUAUAGUACCUUUUUAAAGUAGCAUUUUAAGUUACAAGCACAAUUGUCUGCAUUUAUAGCUCAAGAGAGCCUACCAACAAUUAUUACUUCCCUGUUUCUUCCUAAAGAAUCCUUUUCAUUGUUCCAGAAUCCAAAGGCUUAAUUUUACUCUUUUCAAGUAAUAUAAGGAAUUUUUUCGAACUGUUACGAUUGAGUAAUUUCUCAGUAGUCUUUUAUAGUCACAUCUGCUGAGAUUGCCACUUGGCUUUAAAAAAUCACGGUCUGUAAUGACACCUUUUGUCCAGAUCUAUUGAGGUUUUUGAUAGAGAGAAAUUGGAAGGGAAGGAUUCCUAAUACAGUACGAACAGGGAAAAUACCAACUUUGGUAAAUUCUAAUAGCAUGUGGCUCUCUUUCUAGUAGCAAGCAUUGUAUCAGACUUUUUGCAUGUUGUUUUCUGGAGUAGCAUUUCUGUGAUUAUUAAUGAUUCAUAUAAUUGUUCUACUCUUUGUAUUGGAGAAGACAUGAUAUUAAUUACAAAGUUUAUGCUGCUAAAUAGUCUACCAACACAAGACCUCAUUACUCUCUAUAACUACCUGAAAGGAGGUUGUGGAGAGGAGGGAGCUGGGCUCUUCUCCCAAGUGACAGGGGACAGGACAAGAGGGAAUGGCCUCAAGCUCCACCAGGGGAGGUUCGGGCUGGAAAUCAGAAAAAAAUUCUUCACGGAAAGAGUCAUUGGGCACUGGCAGAGGCUGCCCAGGGAGGUGGUCGAGUCGCCUUCCCUGGAGGUGUUUAAGGAAUGGGUGGAUGAAGUGCUUAGGGACAUGGUUUAAGGGAGUGUUAGGAAUAGUUAGACUCGAUGAUCCAGUGGGUCCUUUCCAACCUGGUGAUUCUGUGAUUCUAUGAACGCUGUGAGGGAGGAAGCAUGAGAAACUAUACUCUGAGGAAAGGUGAUAUGCAGGGGUGGGCUGACUGCAAUGAGCAGUCUUAGAUGCUGACUGUUGGUGAUUUUGUUUGAUUAAUUUAAAUUUUAAUAUAACUUGGAUACCAGUUUUGACUCAUUGUUUUCUGUAUCACUGUACAAAAGUACUGGUGAGAAUAAUUCAAAUAAACAGAGAAGUAACGAACUCAUA